GAUACGUCAAUAUGGCAUUGGACUUUGUGGCCACCUACAAGGUGCUCGUUCUAGGCGACUCCAAUGUGGGCAAGACUUGCAUCGUGCACAGAUACUGCGAUGAGAAAUACUACGACACAUACAUCUCCACCAUAGGCAUCGACUUUAAACAGAAACUCAUCAAUCUCGAUGGUGUGCCCAUAAAACUGCAGAUCUGGGACACAGCUGGACAGGAACGCUUUCGGACAUUAACCACAGCCUAUUAUCGCGGCGCCAUGGGCAUUCUGCUCAUGUACGACGUGACCAAUCUGGAGAGCUACAACAAUUUGUCCUACUGGUUGCGCAACAUCCAGGAGAAUGCCUCGCCAGACGUUGUCAAAGUCCUCGCGGGCAACAAAUGCGAAUGCUCAACGACACAACGCAUGGUCGACAAGGAGAGAGGUGAAAAGAUUGCCGAGAACUUUGAUAUGCCAUUCUUCGAAGUCUCAUGCAAGUCAAACAUCAACAUUGAGGACGCCUUUCUGUCCCUGGCCCGCAAAAUACGCGAGCAGCGUGAGAGACGAGGCGACAACUUUGACAACGAUGAGAAGCAGGACAAGAAGUCACCUGGCUCCAAUGGCCUGGGCACCUUCAGCUUGGGCAGCCUCUCUGGGGAUAAUCGCUGCACCUGUUAGUUUGGCCAGACUCAACGAUCGAUUACAAUUAUAGACCGCGAAAUGCAUGAAAAGUCAAUGUGAA